UGGCCUGAAUUUCUCAAUGUUCAGCAGUCCAGAAGGAGUGAUAUUUCCAGUCAGAAAAUGAGACAAGAUCAGGAAAACCCAGAACACAGGGCAGUUGUAUCUCCUACAGCAUAGAUGCAUCCUCUCUUGGAAAACACUUUCAUCCUGACACCUCCAUUUUCAAUAACCUGUAUUACAAGCUGGACCCCACUGCAUCAAUUCACCCUUGUGCCUGCAAAUCCCAGCUCAGCCUUGCUCCUGAGCUCCUCUUAGUGAGCCCUGACUGGCAGCUAAGGAAAUAAGAGUGUGCUUGUAACUGUGGGAGUUUGGAGAACCAAAAGUAACCCUAAACCCCAGACAGUAAUUAGAAUGGAAAAGUGAGGAGGAUCGUCAUACAUGGAAGUGUAAAGAGAAAUAGAGACCAGCCUGAACUCCAUUGCUGGUGAUGACUCAGAAAUGAAGGGGCAGGAAGUGUAGACUGAGAAGCAAACCACCCCACAACUGAGACACCUGAUUUCCAAAUAAGCUGCAGCUUGGCCAAGCUAUCCCAAGAGCAGCAAGUAUGUUUGUGGUAGAAAAUAAUUUCUUGGGAACAUGAAGCUGUGCCUUAACUUGAGCAGAAAGGCAGCUACACCUACAAGUUCUGUCCCUGAGUUUCCACUGCAACUUUUCCACCAGCCCUCUGGUGUUACCUCUUGGAAGCCACUUCAAUUCACUGCUGUCUGCCUGCACCCCACUCCCCAUGCUCUGUGUUUGGACUACAAGCUACUCCAGGUAGAAGAUGUUGAAUGUACCUCUUUAGGAGCCUUUUUUCCUGGGGAGAUUCUAGAGCCACCCCACAGGACUAGUUUGGUUGACAUGGCUGAGUCUAAUUCCUGUUCUCAGUGAACACAGUUGGAAACACUGGCAUUUUUAGGCCUAAAAAAAAAGGUGAUCAAUCAUUUACCAAUCUGAGCAACUAUUUUUCUGUACAAGGAGGAGGAGACAGGGAACUCCAGUCAAUCAGCCUCACCUCCAGCCUUGGUAAGGCAGAUAAUACUAUUCACCAUCUCCAGGCAUAAGAAAUUCAAGAAAGUCACUGGGAGUGGCUUCACCAAGUGGAAGGCAUGGUUGAACUUCUGUGAUGAAGUGACUGGCCUGGUAGGUGAGGGGAGAGCAGUGGACAUCGCCUAGACUAAAGCAAGGCUUUUGACACUCUCUUUAUUGUCCAUUUGAUAAAAUGUGGACUGAAUGAGCAGUCAGGUGCACUAAAAUCCUGCUGAACAGUCUGGCCUGAAGGACGGUGAUCAGUGACAUGAAGUGUAGGUGGCCAGAGAAGGCCCAGGGGUCUCAGUGAACACUGAGCUGAAGAUAAGGCAGCAACAUGCCCUUCAGCAAAGGCAGCUAAAGGUAUCCUGGGCUGGAAAAAGCACUGCCAGCAGGUGGAGGGAGGUGAUCCUUCCACUCUCCUCAGAACCAGGCAUGUUGGAGAGACCUCAGCAAAAAGCCAUGGCAAGGAUGUUUAAGGAACUGGAUCAUUCCUUCUGUGGGGAAAGACUGAGGAGAUUAGACUGUUCAGCCUGGAGAUAAGAAGGCUCAGAGGGGAUCUCAUCAAUGCAAAUAAAUACCCAAAGGGAGGGUGAAAAGAGGACAGGCUCUUCUCAGUGAUGUCCAGUGACAGGACCAGAGGCAGUGGCACAAACUGAAACACAGGAGGCUCUGCCUCAGCAGCAGGAAAUGCUCUUUCAUCGUGGGGGUGACAGAGCCCUGGCACAGCUUUCCCAGGGGUGUUGUGGAAUCUCCAUCCCUGGAGAUAUUCAGAAGUUGCCUUGACAUGGUCCUGAACAACUGGCUCUAAGUGAUCCUGCUUGAUCCCCCAACCUCAACCAUGCUGUGAUUCUGUGGUUUGAGCUGCUGGCCAGGAGCUUCUCAAGAGCAUUUCAUGAUUCCAAAGGCUUCAGUGUUUGGUGUGUUCAGAUAUUGCACAUCACCAACAUGGCUUCCAGCUGGGGGUGCUGAUUUGGCAAUUCAUUUGCAGUAGACUGUUCAUCUGAUAAAAAAUUGUCAUGUCAUGGUUUGAGCUGCUCAGAUCUCCCAUGAAAUUAUAAUUAAGGUAUAUUUGAUAUUAUAGUUAAGGUGAUCUGUGGACUGGCUGAUUUGAGAGAGACAGUUCUGCCUGGAGAGGUGGAACCAGAGGGGUUAUGAGACUCAGCUCUAUUCAGCCAUAAUAUCCUGUGAAACAUCCAGCUCUGACCAACAGACCUGCUUUUCUUGAAUGUCAAGAUGCAUCUCAGUCUCUUCCUGACCCUGAAAGUGACAGAAUAAAAAAUCAUGGCUCUUUCUAAAUGUUACUAAUUCAUGGCACCAGGAAAGAUGUGCCUGGUAUUGAAAUGGGGAUAUCUGGCAUUAUCCUCUUCCUCUGUUAGAGGAACACCACAAUGAUUUACACUGAGUUUUCAGUAUCAGCCUCAGGAACACUUCACAUGUCAUGGGGCUAUGGUGCCAGGUUUUCUGCAGACUCGCCUUGAUUACCUUAAUUCCUCAUUUCUGAGAUUCUUCUUCCCAUCACAGCACCUGCAACCCUGUCUGUGUUGUUAUAUGAAAGUACAGUUUCCAGAGAUUAAGAAAGUCCCUCAGGAGAAAGGCACAGCUACAGCAAAUUGGCACAUAUGGGCUAUUUCUAAAGUUGCUUCCAGUAAUUUUGCAGCUGUUUACAUGGCAUCUUGGUUCAGUCCAGAAAGCACCAGUACUAAUUCCAAUCCUUGGGAAAAAAUAACAAAAGAGAAACUCAUAAUCAGCCUGCCUGAAAAACUCUGCAGUUCAAGAGUGCCAUCUUGAGGCUUCCUACGUAUAAGAACUAUGUGCUGAUUGAAUCUCGAGUAUUCAGGGAGUUAUUUACAUUUAAAAUAUCAUUUUAAAAAGGCAUGAGUAUGUGUACAGAGGGGCAGUUAAUUUCUGCUGUGUAUUACCUGGAGUUAAGGGAUCCAGCCAACAGAAAUGUCACCCACAGUCAAGAUUUUCUAAAGCAAACAAGACUAGUGAGUGCUCUGCUUUGGGAUAUACUAUUUGAAAUGCCUCAGGAGAUACCUGUUUUUCAGACUGUGCUCAGUUCCAGCCUUCUGCAAAAUCAAUGAACUUGCAAAGUAUUUUAAGCCGGUACUGAAAAGGAAUAAUUAUUAUUUUAAUUUUUUUUUCUAUAAGAUGCAUGUUUGUAUGUUUAAGUUAAAGGCAAAUUCAGAGGAAAAAUAAGACUAUGGCUUUCAAAACUAUUUUAAGUCAACAUGGGGAGAAUAUUGCUUUAGAUAUUCCCACGCUUUAAAAUAAAGGAGAAACCUUCAUGCUUUGGGAUUAUGAAAUCUUUCUCCUUCCACAGCAUAGUCCAGACACCAGUAAUUUAUCCCUGCAGGAGAGCAAAUGGGUAGAUUGCUACAACAAAUUGUGCAUAGGUUGAGAAUUUACCAUUGAAAGUGGGAUGUUGCUUUUCAUUCUUCCUGCUGUAGCUGCCAGGUGGCUCUGGGCUUGGGGAAAGGAUGUGUGCCAGCACGUUCACAAUGAAGUGCCCCAAGGAUGAGGCGCCACAGGAAACCAGAGACCCUCAAAAAUAUGCAUUGUUAGCACCACAAAUAACCCCGUGUUUCCCUGUGAUAUUUUUCAUUUGGAAGACAAGCAGAAGUGUAAACCUUUCUAAAAGGAUUGCCCAUGAUGCACAUCCCCCAGUUAUCAGCACUGUCAAAGUUGGACAAGUGUGCUCCUUUUGGUAUUUUCAUGUGAAUUUUAGAUUGCAUUAGAUGGGAAGUCAUAAAGCUGUGAAUUUGACUGAAGUCCAGAUGAAAAGCAAUCUACCUCCAGCUACAGGAAGAAGUCCUGCUUGUUUUCCAGCAGCAGCAGACUGCAGCAGAAGGUAAUUUUAUCCUCAGCAUUUAGUACAGCUACGACACAUCUCACAAAAGAAAUCCAGCAUCGGCUCUGAUCAUCCUUAAACUAUCAGGAUCUGAGUCAUAUCCCGGUCUGGAAGGAGGAGUGGUCAUUGCAGUGCAUCAUAACAUAUCUUACGUGGGCUGUAAAAGGAUGACAUUGUGUCCUGUCACAUCUUUAAGUUGCAUUUUAAGCAGGUAUUUUUGCCUAUGUUAUGUUCAAAAAUGGGACUGAAGGACAUACAUCGGGAGAAAAUCUUUUCAUUGGAAGGAGAAGAACAGCUUGUCUUUCUUGAGUUAAGCCAUGAUUGCAGUGACUUGGAGUGGUAAAUGCAGGAACAUUCCAGGGAUGUAGCUGUGAGAUUAAUUUGUUGCCAGAAAUGCAGACCAAAAGCCACUGGAAAUGCAAGGAGGAGCAGCACAGAUGCCUCCAGCAGCCUGUGCAGGUGUUUGCAUGUGAGCAUAUCGCUUCACAACAGAUGUUUCUUUCAUAAUCAUGCAAUUGGGAGGAAAACAGAGGAGAAGGAAGUGAUUGCAUCCUCCCAAGUGCUCUUCUCUCUAUGUCAGGACCAUCAAGAAAAGACAUUCCAAAGCACACAAGCCUUGCUGAAAACCUCAUUUUCCAAGAGGGGCGUAGAGGUGAGGCUGCUCUAUCAGCUGGGAGUUUUGGGAAUGCUGCAGGUUAUUCUGCUUUCUGUAGUACAAUCACUGCUAAACAAUGCUGUGUUCAAGAAACAGAACAGUGAUGAUUCCACCUGACAGCAUUUCCAGUGCUUUUAUGAGAAGGGCCAAGGAAGCAUCCAAGAAGUCAUGUUAUGCACCAUCACAAAUCUCCAGGAAUAAAGCAACGCCAGAGGUCUGGCUUCUGGUAAAAUGUGCAUUUCUGCCAUGCUACUGCUCCUCCCAAAUCAGUUUUUUUACUGAGUGUCCCACAUGUGCCCUUUUCUCCAGCGACAGGAUAUCCUUCAUUUGUCUGCACCAGGAGCAGAUGAGCACUUCUUCGUGUUGUUUUCCAAGUCGGCUGAUGGGAGGGUCAGCAGGGGCCAGAGCAGCUGCAACAAGGAAAGGAAAGAUAUCCAUGGCAACCCAAGUUAUCUGCAUCCUCCAUGUAUUUCCUUCUCCCCACCCUACAGCAUAUCUUUCCCACCCAAACCUCAGGCUGAUAGAGCCAGUGACCAGCUGGCAGGAUGGGGACUGCAGCAGUGUCUCCUGCACCCACAGUGUCUUGCUGUCUGUCGGGGCUCACCGCUGCAGGCUGAAGUCAUCAAAAAGAGACUGAAAUCCUAGAGAGGGACAACUUGCAAAAAGCAGAGCUCUCCACUACUGUAGAUGGGGCGCUGGACAUGCUGCCUGUGCUCCAGAGCUGCAGAUCCAUUGAUGCUGCUCCUGGUUUUGGCUCUGGGCUGUGACCCUUCCACAGCAGCAGCAGCUUCUCCGUCUGUGCCCCACGUCAAACCCAGCUACAGUUUUGGCCGGACUUUCCUGGGACUUGACAAAUGCAACGCCUGCAUUGGGACAUCCAUAUGCAAGAAGUUCUUUAAAGAGGAGAUAAGGUUUGACACCUGGCUUUCUUCUCGUUUAAAGCUGCCCCCCAGCUCCCUGCUCAGCUACUCGGGCAACUACACGGACGAUGCCAAGAGCUGGCGGCUGGUGGACAUCACCCGGCUGACCUCCAAGUACCAGCACGACCGGGCCGACAAGCGCAUCUGCACCUCCCUGCUCAGGAGCAAGAGCUGCAGCCUGGAGCGCGCCCUGCGCCGCACCCCGCGCUUCCAGAAGUGGCUGCGGGCCAAGCGCCUCACGCCCGACCUGGUCCAGGGCCUGCCCAGCCCCAUGCUGCGCUGCCCUUCCCAGCGCCUCCUGGACAGGAUCGUGCGGCGCUACGCCGAGGUGCCGGACGCCGGCAGCAUCUACAUGGAUCACCUCACAGACCGGGACAAGCUGCGCCUGCUCUACACCCUGGCAGUGAACUCACACCCCAUCCUCCUGCAGAUCUUCCCCGACGUGGAGGGCUGGCCCUUCCCGCGGUACCUGGGCUCCUGUGGGCGCCUGGUGGUCAGCGCCAGCACCCGGCCCCUGCGCGACUUCUUCGGCGCCGCGCCCGAGGUGGCCGCAGACCUGGCCCUGCAGCUCCUGGCCGUGCUGCGCUCCAUGGCCACCAACGACCUCAACUACUUCUUCUACUUCACCCGCGUGGACGCUGGCACCUUCGGCGUGUUCAGCAACGGGCAUCUGUUCAUCCGGGAUGCCAGCACGCUGGGCAUCAUCGACAAGGAGGAAGGGAGCCAGCUGAUCGAUGGCCAGCAGGAGUAUAAAGAUAUCUUCAGCUGCCUGACUGCGGACUGCCAGGCUGCCUUUGUGUCCUGCGACUCCAUCAGGGAGAAGCACAGCCUGGUCAUGGUGUGUCAAGACCUCCUGCCGAAGCUGCUGACGGGGAAGUUCCUGCCCCCCGUGCAGGAGAGGAUCGACGCCUUCCUGGAGCGCUGCGCCCGCGGCCUCGGCGACGACCGCGGUGCCAGCGAGGCCAUGGAGGAGCUGGCAGAGAUCCUGAAGCCUCUGCGGUCCUGCGACUCCCGCUUCGCCUACCGCUACCCUGACUGCAGAUACAGUGACAAAUACUGACACUGGAGUGCCCCUGGCCAGCACUGGGGCAGUGCCAGCCCCCUCCCAGCGCGGGAAGCGAGAAGGAUCCAGGGUGGCUGGGAAGAGCUGCCCCAAAUCCGGCGUGUUCACGGUGUAAGAGGGAGCAGAGUGCACGUGGGAUUUAUUAUUCAUCUGCCAGAGAUGCAUUUGUUACGUGGGAUAUAGACAUGGUGUAUGGUUUAGACAUGGUUUGUGGAUUAUUAACUGACAAGGGGCCGCAGGAUUAAUAAAUCUCAUUCACGUGUUUUGGCCUUGGAAGAGUUUCCCCAUGCCAUUUGUUGAAAAGCAAGGCAGGAUGCUCACAACCAACUAGAUAGAGGAUCUUUAUUGCCAAGAAACUCUUUCUGAUGGAGAUGAUAUAUAAAUAAUGAUGGAUGGAUGGAUGGAUGGAUGGAUGGAUGGAUGGAUGGAUGGAUGGAUGGAUGGAUUUAAGAGUUUCUCUGUGGCUAUUUUUAAUGUGCUAAGAAUCAUAGAUAAAUGACCAGAUCAUUUCUGUACCAUCACCCAUCACAGCUCACUUUUAUAAAAUAUUUUAACUUUAUUACUUUGAUGGAACACAGAACAGAAAGACACAAUCAAAAGCAUUAAAAAGCUAAAGGUUCCA